UGAUGACGGACAACAGCAAUAAGUUGAGCAGAUGGUAACUGGAGGCACAGGUUCCUUCUUCUUUGGCCUCGGUUCCAUUCUCAGAAGGAUACGGGCUGCGUUCCACUGCUACAACCAUGGCACCCAAAAAGAACAAGACGACCAAGAAGAGUAAAGGAGACAUAAAUGACAUUAUGGUGGAAAACAGUCCCAUUAACAAGAUUAAUGGACUAAACGCUUUGAUUGAGGGAGGAAAUGGCUUCAGCUGCAUCUCAACUGAAGUUACAGAUUCUGUGUAUGCACCAAAUCUUCUGGAGGGUUUGAGCAACAUGCGACAAGAAAGCUUCCUCUGUGACCUCACUGUCACCACCAAAUCAACAACAUUUGAUGUCCACAAGGUUGUCAUGGCCUCUUGCAGUGAGUACAUUAGAAGUAUCUUGAAGAAGGAUUCGAGCCUUCAGAAGAUUGACCUGAAUGAUCUCUCACCAGUUGGUCUGGCAACUGCAAUUACAUAUGGCUACUCAGGAAAGCUUACCUUAUCCCUUUACAGUAUUGGCAGCACAAUUGCUGCUGCCAGGUUGCUUCAGAUCAACACCCUGGUAAAAAUGUGCAGUGAUUUCCUCAUGCAGGAACUCAGUGUAGAGAACUGCAUGUAUGUGGCCAAUAUCGCUGAUGCCUAUGACCUUAAAGAAACCAAGGAAGCAGCUCAAAAGUUCAUGCGGGAGAACUUCAUUGAGUUUUCCGAAAUGGAACAGUUCCUGAAGCUAACAUAUGAGCAGAUCAGUGAAUUUCUCUCUGAUGAUUCCUUGCAGCUGCCCUCUGAAGUCACAGCCUUCCAAAUUGCCAUGAAAUGGUUGGACUUUGACGAGAAAAGGCUAAAGUACGCAGCAGAUCUCCUAACUCUCAUCCGCUUUGGAACAAUCUCUGCUCAAGACCUUGUGAAUCAUGUCCAGAGUGUUCCUAGGAUGAUGCAAGACCCUGAGUGCCACCGGUUACUUGUUGAUGCCAUGAAUUACCAUCUCCUCCCGUAUCAGCAGAACAUCCUCCAGUCACGUAGAACAAAGAUACGCGGUGGCCUCAAGGUGUUUCUCACAGUUGGAGGGCGUCCUGCUUUGACGGAGAAAUCUCUCAGCAAAGAGGUGCUCUACAGAGAUGAAGAUAAAGUUUGGAAUAAGUUGACGGAAAUGCCAGCAAAGAGUUUUAAUCAGUGUGUGGCAGUACUUGAUGGCUUCCUGUAUAUAGCAGGUGGUGAAGACCAGAAUGAUGCAAGGAACCAGGCAAAACAUGCUGUUAGCAACUUCUGCAGGUAUGACUCCCGCUUUAACACCUGGAUUCACUUGAACAACAUGAUCCAAAGACGCACCCACUUCAGCCUCAACACCUUCAAUGGCCUCCUGUUUGCUAUUGGAGGUCGAAAUGCUGAUGGUGUCCAGGCCUCUAUGGAGUGCUAUGUACCCUCCUCUAAUCAGUGGCAAAUGAAAGCUGCCAUGGAGGUGCCUCGCUGCUGUCAUGCCAGCUCUGUUAUUGAUGGUAAGAUCCUAGUAUCAGGAGGCUAUAUCAACAAUGCCUACUCCAGGGCUGUGUGCGCCUAUGACCCCUCCACCGACACCUGGCAGGACAAAAGCAGUCUGAGCACUCCCCGAGGGUGGCACUGUGCUGCUACUAUUGGAGAUCGAGCCUAUGUUAUUGGCGGCAGCCAGCUUGGAGGGCGAGGAGAGAGAGUUGACGUCCUCGUUGUUGAAUCUUACAACCCACACAGCGGCCAGUGGAGCUACUGCGCACCCCUUCACACAGGGGUUAGCACCGCUGGCAUUUCCAUUUUGAACAACAAGAUCUAUCUCCUGGGGGGCUGGAAUGAGGGUGAGAAGAAGUACAAGAAGUGCAUCCAGGUUUACAACCCUGAUCUCAAUGAAUGGACUGAAGAUGACGAGUUGCCUGAAGCUACAGUUGGCAUUUCAUGCUGUGUCGUCACCAUACCUACAAGGAAAACACGAGAAUCCAGAGCCAGUUCAGUUUCAUCUGCGCCAGUCAGUAUAUAGGGGUUUAGAGCUCAUCAAUGAUAUAGUUCAGUCGAUCAGAUCUCCACUUUGUCUGUUGCAUUCUUGGUACCAAAUGGACAUCAUGUUUCUUUAUUUAACUAAAGAUUAGCAAAAUUGCAAGAUUUACCAAAUGUUUAAAAACUAUUUCAUUACUGUUACACUUUGCUUUUUUUGAUGUAAAAUAAUAUUUUAAAAUUAUACAAAACAUAAUAUCGCAUAACUAAUUUUUAAAGGGGCCAAUUCAACUGGAAUAUUUUUACUUCAGCCGUUAUAAUUAAACUAAGGCAAAUUUAAUCUAAAAAUAUGAUGCGUUGAAAGAAACAUAAGAACAAUGUUGAUCAAGGUUAUAAUGCAAUUUGCUACUGUGAUCUUCUCAUACUGUACUUGAGUAGAAUAAGAAGCUGCAGAUGGAAUGAGUGUGAUGACAUCUACCAGGAGUAGGUGCCUGUGAUCAGUGCUUCAGCGUAUUCAGUUAAUCCACGGCAUCUCAGUUGCAUUCAUUUUGAGUUUUAAUCAUUGCAGGUAUAAUUCAAACAGGUUUUGUGCUGAAAGUAGGUGACUGGAUUUAUGAAUGAGUUCCGAUGGGAAUUAUUUAUUUUUAAAAAAUACAAAGAAAAAUCCAAGACAGCAACAACGUUCAGAGCCUGAGCUUGUCCUGAAGGUCAUAAAUUUUCUGACUGCUCAUGUCAAUAUGUUUUAUGUUUUAUGUUUUUAAAUUAAAGUGACGACUUGUAAUCUU